AUUGAAAAAAAUUAAAUUAAUGAACCCAACUUUCAAAUAAUCCCAAUAAUUAGAAAAUAGCAGUAACAUAAUGGGAAGCAGUGCUGGAUUUAAUAGAAAAAUUAAAUUAGCCUCUUAAAGACCUGGAAGUAGAGACUAAAAACUAAAAACUGGAGAAAUGUAUUUGAAAAUAUAUACAUUAAUAGAUUUCCAUAAUUUUAAGAUCCAUUAGCCAACAAUCCCUUUAAUUUAUUAAGUCUUAAUCUUUAUUAGGAGGAGAAUACAUUUAUAUCAACUAUGAAAGCAGAACUUUAAUUAAUAUAAGAAGAAAUCAAUAAAUUAGACAUUGAUGGAAGAGUACUAAUAAACUAUUUAUCUUUAGAUUCGAAAUAAUGAUCCAAGACAAGAGUAUAGAUUAUAAUAAUUAAAAAAAUGGGUUGCUUAAAAUUCAUAAUCUAAAUUAACAUUUGAAAAAUUAAAUAACAUUGACAUUUCAUAACUUCUAACUAUAUUAGAUGUUCGAACAUUAGAGUAAUCAUUAUAAUGCUAUUUAAGGGAAGCUGUUGUCAAACUCUAUAAAUUCAUAUCAAUUAUGGAUAAUUUAAUUAUGAAAAUUACUGAGUUAGAGGCCAUUCAUAUGAUUAAAUUUGAUGAAUUAUUUGGUUCAUUAUGUCCUAAUUAUUAGGAAAAUUUGCAAUAAAUAUCUGUUUUGAAAUUUUAAAUUUCUAUUGCUAAUUUAAAUCGAAUGGCAGAAUUGUAUUAAGUUAAAUAAGACAAGAAUUAAUCAUAAAAAAUAUCAAAUGAUAAUAACAAUAAUUAGAUUAUGCUUAAAUAGAUUAAAUAAAAGGAUGACUAAAUUAAUGAUUUAAAUAAAACAAUUAAACAAUUAUAAUUAUAGUUAUAAACAUUAAUGAAAGGAAAUAAUAAUAAUAAUAAUAAUAAUAAUAAUAAUUAAAUUUCUUUAGAAUAAAUUGAAUAAAUAAGAAAUGAAUAUGAAUUAAAAUUACAAAAAUAAAGUGAGAUUUUAACUUAAAAACAUGAAAAAGAAAUAGAAACUUUAUAAUCUUAAAUUGAAUAAUUUUAGAAAUAAUUAUUAUAAUUAAAAAACCAUUAUGAAAAAUAAAUUUCUGAUUUAGUAUCAUAAAAUUAAUAAGAAUAAUUAAAUAUAAAAUCUUAAUAUGAAGAUAAAUUAUAAUAAUAAUAAUAAAGUUAAAAAUAAAUAUAAUCUAAUACAUAAUCUAAUACAUAAUAAUAAAAUAAUGGUGUUGCAAAAGACCAUAAUUAUUAUCAAAAAAUUUUAGAUAAAGCUUAAUAAGAAUAUAAUGAAAAAUAUAAAAUUUUAGAAAAUGUAAUAUUUUAAAAUAAAAUAUAGGAUAUUAAUAAAUUAAGAAAUUAAAUAUUGGAAAAAUAAACAAUAAUUGAAAGUUAAUAAAGAGAAAUUUAAUAAUGGAAAGAAACUAUUGAUAGAUUAAAUAAAGUUAAAGUAUUUUGAGUAUAUAAAAUUAGGAUGAAAUAUAUUAGCAAUUUUAAAAGCGUUAUACAACUGAAGAAUAAUUUUCAAAUUCUUAUGAAGCAGCUUUAAAACUAGAGUUUGAAACAAUGAAAAAAGCUUUUGAAUAAAAAAUACAAAAAUAUCAACUAGAUUUCGAAUCUUAAAGGAGAGAAUCAGGAAAAUAAAUAAAUGAGAUACGUAUAUAGUUAGAAAGAGAACAAGAAACAAAAAAAUUAUUAUUGAAUAAACUUAGUUUAUAUAGUUGAAAUUUAUAUUUAAAAAUAAAA